CUAGGGUUUCCACCAUCAUCUAUUUUGAAACCCAUCGAUCACAUACUCGAUUUUUCGAUUACAACUAGUUGUAUUACUCCAGUUUGUUUGGUACCAAUCAAUCGAAUAAGACAUUGCAGCCAUGGAGAUGGAUCAAGAACAGAAUCACGAUGCUGAAGAUGAUCCAUUCCUUCGAUUUGUUGAUUAUGCGAUAUCUGUACUAUCCCCAACUGAAGAUGAAGAUGUAGUUGAUCAAGAGUCAAAUAGACCAGCGUGGAGCUGGGUUGCGUGUCGGGUCAUCAAGACUUGUAAAGCUUAUUCAAGUGGAGUCACCCCUGCCAUUCUUCUUUCUGAACUAUCACAGGCAUGGGCUGAGAAUCAAAGAGGUGGGUACUCGAAGAAGAGAAGGCCAGAAUGCAUUGAUCAGUUGCAAAAGAAGCAUAAGAGAGGGAAGCUUCCUAACACAAUUACAAUCGAUUCAAUUUAUGAGAAGAAUUUUUUGUCAUUGACUAGUGUCCUUGAAGCUGUCAUAGUUGAUGCUUUUCUUCUUCCAGGGACAAACUUUUACAUGCUCACAUUGGGAGAUUUUUGGAGCUCCAAUACCAUUGAUAUUUAUCUUCAUCGCAGGUUUUAUGACUUGGCUGAACUUAAAAAUGGGAUUUUGAGGAAAGGUCGAGAGAUUCUCCUUACAGGAUGUUAUCUUCGAUCAACCUUGCGUGGAUCUGGUCACCUGCGACUUUUACCGACAGAAUAUCUACUGAUAAUACUAGAUGAGGAUGAAGACGAUGAUGCAAUGCUUCUUGGAGCACAAUUCUGUUCUGAUUCUUUGUCAUCUAUUUCUGUUGACGCAGUCAAUGAAGGAGUCUCAUAUUCUUUAUAUGCUAGGAUAGAAUCUAUUGGAUCUUUAGAAAUUCAGGGGAAGUUCGACAGCUUGCAGAGGAAACAAAUUACUCUUGUAGACAAUGAUGGUUUCAGGAUAAAAUUUCUACUAUGGGGUGAUCAGGUUGUGCUUGCCAAUCUUUUCAGUGUAGGAAGUUGGCUAGCCCUGGAUCGACCAUUUGUUUCAAGUUUUAUCGACAGUACACUGGAUUCAUCUGACGAGAUAUGUCUCGAAUAUGGAAGUGUAACACAGCUCUAUAUGGUGCCUUUCAUUCAACAUGAGGAACAGGUAUGCGUGGCAUCAACACAAAAUCAUUAUCAAGGAUCAAAACUAUUGAGUGCAGUUGAUCCAACUCAAGGACCAAAAGUUUCUCAAGUGACCUUGCCAUGUGAUUCUCGGGGAGCCAUCGACUUCAGUAACUACCCUUUUAGAUUGUUCGUGACUGAUCUUCGAGACAAGAUGACUAGCAUAAGCAUCUACGGUGUGGUUAUAGAUAUUAGACACACAAAUAAUCUAGAAUCCACCAUUUUGUUGAAAAUUGAAGAUACAACAGGAGGAAUUUGGGCUAAGCUACAUUUUGUCAAAUCCUGGUCAAUGGGGAAAAUAAGCAUUGGCCACACAGUAUACAUUGCUGGCUUGACAUGCUCUAUGACAAAAAACAAGAGGAUUGAGGUUUCAUGGGAUGAGAAAGAAGCUGGAUCUUUCUUUGUUAACUUGAGUUGCUUACCAGCGUUGUUAAAUUCGUCGUGCCUACACAAGUCAUCUACCCUUUCAGAUCUAUCAUCCAAAACUAGCAACACUCAUGUGUGUCGAAUUUGGGUAGACCAGAUCGAACAUUGUGACGUAAAUUUAAGAUAUUCUCACGCACCUUGUGGACAUAAUGUUACAAAGAAUUUUGGGUUUGAAUGCAAUUUUUGUGGUUGCCAUUGUGAUGAUGAAGUUGUCCGUAGUUUCCAUUUGAAAGUCACCAUUGCAGAUGAUACUGCCAAAGUUUUUGCAUGGUGCACGGGUCAUACCGCUAUCGAGUUGCUACAAAUAUCUCCAGAUGAAUUCUAUAACUUGCCCGAGGAAGAGCAAAUAAUGUAUCCAUCUUCUCUCGAGCACGAGAGGUUCAUCGUUGCACUGGUUCACAGCAAACGGGAGGGUUUUGGACCAGCCAACGGACAAACGCUAGGUAUACAGGAUGAUAUAUCGAAUUGGGAAAUCACCCAAGCCCUGAAGUCCGACUAAAAUACGAGUUCAUUCAACCGGUUUUCAGUCAUUUUGUUCAACCAUAUUCCAGAAUUUUGUUAUAGAACAUGUUUUUUGAUUUUCAGAACAAAGAGAGAACACAUUUUGUAACUGCUUUCAAUUGAACGCAAAUUAGAUAUAUUUGUUUUGGUGAAAAUUCCAUAACAUCGAUUGACGAA